AUGCACUUUACGUCCAUUUACAAAGGAGGCCAUAAAUCUGGGUGUUUCAGAACCUGUAUGCUCCGGGUUGCGGGUCGGAAGAGGGAGAGCAGAAGCGGGAGAGGAGAAGCAGAAGCGGGAGAGGAGAAGCGUGAGAGCAAAAGGGUGAGAGCAGAGGAGGGAGAGCAGAAGCGGGAGAGCAGAAGUGGGAGAGGAGAAGAGGGAAAGGAGAAGCGGGAGAGCAGAAGAGGGAGAGCAGAAGAGGGAGAGGAGAAGCGGGAGAGGAGAAGCGGAAGAGCAGAAGCGGGAGAGGAGAAGCGGGAGAGGAGAAGCGGGAGAGAAGAAGCGGGAGAGCAGAAGAGGGAGAGCAGAAGAGGGAGAGGAGAAGCGGAAGAGCAGAAGCGGGAGAGGAGAAGCGGGAGAGGAGAAGCGGGAAAGGAGAAGUGGGAGAGAAGAAGCGGGAGAGGAGAAGCGGGAGAGGAGAAGCGGAAGAGCAGAAGCGGGAGAGGAGAAGCGGGAGAGAAGAAGCGGGAGAGGAGAAGCGGGAGAGGAGAAGCGGGAGAGGAGAAGCGGGAGAGGAGAAGCGGGAGAGAAGAAGCGGGAGAGAAGAAGCGGGAGAGGAGAAGUGGGAGAGGAGAAGCGGGAGAGGAGAAGCGGGAGAGAUGUUGA